UCUGUCUGCUAGCAUAGGGGUAGUAUUAUUCUUUGUUAUAAAAUAUUAUUAUUUGAAGUUAGUUUUGAGUAUUUCAAAACCAAAAGAAAUUUUAUCUUUCGCAAACAAAAUUUAAAGCGUAAUUUGAACGACGUAAAGCUUGAGAAUCCAAAGGGAAAUCCACAUUCAAGAGUUUAAGUGAAACGUUAAGAAAUGGAAAACGUCAAUGGCUUGAAUAAAAUAGAUGUGAAUGAGGGUGAUGUACAACCUGGGAAAAAUGCUUUGGACGAAUCUAGCGUCACUAUGCUGGAUGUCUUGGAAGAAGAAAAGGAGCUGGAAGAUGAGUAUGCCGCAGUGCUGGGAGCGUCCGAUGACAAGGUGUGUACCUAUAGUCAGGGAGAUGCUGUUAAAAGGCAGGCUCUUUAUUCAUGUUUAACAUGUUGCCCCGAAUCGCUUAAUGAUUUGACGAAAUGUGCUGGCAUCUGUUUGGCAUGUACGUACCAGUGCCAUGAAAAUCAUGAGCUUGUUGAACUAUAUACCAAACGAAAUUUUCGUUGUGAUUGUCCCACUGAGCGUAUGGGCAGCUCCAAUAAAUGUAGAUUAAAUCCUGGUCUUGACCAGCCCGCGGUGGUAAACCAGGACAAUGUGUACAAUCAAAACUUUCAGGGUUUGUACUGCAAUUGUCAUCGGCCAUAUCCAGAUCCAGAGCGUACCGCGGAAGAAAUAAUGUUGCAGUGCGCCAUCUGUGAGGAUUGGUUCCACCUGCAUCAUUUAGAUGGACCACCGAAUGCGCAAAAAUUGAUGGAAGCUUGUAGUGAAAUGAUUUGUGGUAGUUGCAUGGCUAGUCACGAGUUCCUACGACACUACACCGGCUUUGCUCUAAAAGCUGUCGACAGUAUCGAUGAUUCCGUCGUGGAUGGGAAUGCUACCGUAGCUGCUGUGGAUUUAUCAGCAUGCGAAGACAACGACAAUAAAUUAAAAAGUGAUUUGGAUAAAAGUAUUUCGGAGAUAAUGAAUAUGGGUGAAGGCGAAGCAACUUUGAAUGAUGCUAUCGAAGGCGAACCUUCCUCAAAAAGAGCGAAACUUGAAAAUGAUGAAAUUGAAAAGAAUGAAGCAAAACAAAAAAAUAUGUGUCGGCGUCCGUCCGAUAUAGGCGAUUACGAAAAAGGACCCACCUUUUGGGGUGCUGAUUGGCGAAAUGCACUCUGCCGUUGCGCAUCCUGUAUGCAGGUGUAUAGAGGCGAAAAAGUCGAAUACCUUCUAGAUGCUGAAGACUCGGCAAAGAGCUACGAAGAGCGUGGUAAACAAAAGGCUGCUGCGGAGUCUUCCUAUGAACAAGGCAUUCGCGCAUUGGCCUCAAUAGAUCGUGUCCAGCAAAUCGAUGUGAUUACCGAAUACAAUCGCAUGAAGGAUCGCCUAAAGGACUAUUUACAAACCUUUGUUGCCAACAAAAAAGUCGUCACUGAGGAUGACAUCAAUCGUUUCUUUAGCGAAAUUCGCAAUGAGAAAAACGUGGAAAUUGGCCUACCGCAUUUUUGUCGUUAACUCAUUGUAUUUAUUAUCCACAAUUUCAUAUUCAAAUUUAUACAUAGCCCAUACUGAUACAUCUGUUUUGUUUUUAUUGUUACAAUUCCAUGUAUUUUCUAAACUAACAUUCCAUUGUCCCCAUUGCAUACAAUUAUAAGGCACAUUAUACAAUUGAAAGGGUUUUCUGUACUUGCCCCGAAGAUUUCACCUCUUUAAGCAGCAUCUCCUUACACAUUCUAAUUUAGAUAUACAUGCAUAUUCGAACAUAUUUACCAUUACCACCCCUGUUUAUCCCAUUAACGUAGUAAAAAAAAUAAACAGUAAUAAAUUCGGACUAA